GACUUUUGUGUUGUCCUACUUAUUUUGCCUGCUAAAGAGAAAACGUCUUUCUUCUAAUGAAAUAUAUUUUCAAGUCUCGACCGGUAUAUUUUAGUUUCUCACAUGAGGAAAGCAAUGAGAAAUCGGUCAAGCUCACCUCCAAUUCAUGUGCACGUGAAUGACACCACACCGGUCCAUGUGCACGUGAAGAGCCAGAGGAUGAGUCCUGCCAGGACUCCUCAGGGGAAGGCCAAGGCGUACAGAGGAAACCUCCUUCCUACAGCCAAGGUCAAAACUCGAACGCCAUGGAUUCCACCAGGAAAGGCCUCCUUACGGGAGGCUUCAUACAAGUGGGAGGGGCCAACACACCGCCUUGAGAUCACACCACCGCUCCCUGAACCAGAACCUGAACAUUCCCAGUCUGCGCUGCGAUUGGCUGACCUCACAUCAGAAGAAGAGGAAGGGCUGCACGGACAAAUCAGCCAGUAUGAGAGGAAGAUUGACAGCUUACUGACUGAAGUCAGCUCUCUGAAGAAUGAGGUGGAACUGCGGAAGAAGGAGCAGCUGCUGGAGCGUCGGUCGGAGCAGCUGAGUGUCUCCCAGCGGGUGAUCGCUGAGCAGGAGGAGGAGCUGGCUGAGGUGACCAAAGAACUGGAAGAGACUGAGAGGGAGAACACACGAUUGCGGCAAUCCAUGGAGAAGAUGCUGGAGGAGACCGACUACAACAGAUUAGACGGGGACAGUGUGCAACAAGACAAAGAUGCUCUUCUCAGGAAACUGAUGGAGGCUGAGGAGGAUGGCACAGCGGCUGCAAAGCAAGUCUCUGCCCUGCGAGAAUCUGUUUCCAAACUGUGUGGUUCGAGUGGCAGUAAGCUGUCUGGCUCUGAGCCUUCAGUCUUGGCUCGUCAGAAGGAGCUGUUGCUACAGAAACUGGAGACAUUUGAGGCCACAAACAGAACUCUGAGGCACCUUCUCAGAGAGCAGCAUGGAUCCCAGAUGGAGUCAAUCCGACUGUCAGAGCAGAAGGAUGCAUUACUUAAGAGGCUGGCAGACACAGAGGCAGAAAAUGCUCAUUUUGUGGUGAAGCUUCAAGAGAAAGACAGAGAGGUUGAUCAACUUUCCAAACUUCUGAAUACUGAGAAGGACAACGCCAAGAGCACAGCUGAUUUGUCCAAGAAUCUGGAGACAACAAGAGCACAUUUACAAGGACAGCUGCGCAGCAAAGAAGCUGAGAACAACAGGCUUACUGUGCAGAUAAAGAACCUGGAGCGAGCCGCCAACCAGCAGAAAGCGGAGAUGGAGCAUCUGACGGAACAGCUGGCGAAGCUGAAGCAGCAGGCCAGUGCAGACCGAGACGAUCUGAAACGAGCCACACGAGCCCAGAAACAGCGAGCGGAGCGCAGUGAGGGUACUGCAGGCCAGCUGAGCGUCCAGCUGCUGAACAUGGAGAAGCAGGUGGCAGAAGCAUUGUCAGCAGCUGAGAGCUGGCAGAGUCGCCAUGCCCAAGAAGUAAAAGACAAGAGUAAACUGGAGAUUGAAGCGUCGCUGUUGAACAGCCGUAUAACAGAGCUGAUGGAGCAGCUGCACAGUGCGGAGGAUAAAAGCCGAGUGGAGAGAGAAGCCCUGCUGGAUCACCUGCAUGCACUGACCACAGAGAUCACUGCUUCUAAACUGGAGAACCAAUCCCUCAAGGUUACAGCAUCUGCAGUGGAGGAGAAACUGGCCUUGUCUCAGUCAGAGCUCCAGCAGGUCAAAGCUUCCAUCAAGCAAUAUGAAAGCCUGCUGGACAGCUAUAAGAUCCAGGUUGGAAAAACCCGGGCCGAGGCAGACGAGUACUGUGCUCGGCUGGCUCAAGCGGAGCAGGAGGCCCAGGCGGUGCGGGGCGAGCUGGAGCAGGAGAUCGAGGGGGUGCGCAGGGACCUGCUGAGUCGGCUGACAGAGCUGGAGCCUCUGCCUGAAGCCCUACGACGCUCUGAACUCCAACUGCAGGAGGCUCAGGACAGAGAGCGCAGUCAGGAGAGACGCAGCAUGGAGCUGAGCACGACCGUGACUGAUCUUCGCAUGAAGGUGGAGACCCAGGGCAGCCAAAUGGAGCUUCUAAGACAGAAGAACAAGGUGCUGCUAGACGAGAACAGACAACUACAACAGCAAGCGGAGAGUUUGGAAAGGAAGCUAGAGGAGGCUGGCAGUCAGAACAGCGACCUGUUGGCGGUCAUUGCGAAACGGGAAGACACCAUCCACAGCAAUCAUCUCCACCUGGAAGACAAGACAAGGGAAUGUUCCCUGCUGAGCCGAAAGCUGGAGGAGGCCCUGGAUGACGCUCGCCAACAGAUGUCAGAGACAAGAGAACGUGCUGUCACCAAAGAACGCUCCACCCAAUCCAAGAUACUGAACCUGGAGACCCAACUUAGCAAAACUACCUCAGAAAUAAGCCAAUUGCGACGCAGCAAAGAGGAGGUGGAGCGGCGGUACCAGAGCCGACUGCAGGACGUGAAAGAUCGUCUGGAACAGUCAGACAGCACCAACCGAAGCCUGCAGAACUACGUCCAGUUCCUCAAAGCCUCUUAUGCCAAUGUGUUUGGAGACUUGGCCCUCAGCAGCUCACUGCGUGCCUCCUCACCCACUUGACUGUUAUUGGUUCAUUAUAUGCACACAUUCCAAAACAAUACUGUAGGUGGAGCAUGUUCCUUUUAGAUUUGCUAACAAGAGCUGGAGGAAGCAGUAUCUUGGCUGCUAGUGUGACUUUUAGAAUGUAAGACUUGUUUCUCUAAGGAUUUAUUUAGAACUGAACUGGUAUAUAAUAAAGUGAGGCAUUGGAUUAAAAAACUCACAGAAGUAUUGAAAUGCUUAGAUGUAGGAUGUAAAAAAAACAACGAGUGGAACAGCAACUCCUAGCGGUUGUAUCCAAAACCAUAAAACACCGUAACAGACAACAAUACGUGCUGCUUAGACCCCUUUCAACCACUUCCACGGAUUUAACCCAGAGACACUGAGAAUCAGGAUAAGAACCAGAAUAGUUUGAAAGAUUCUAUAAUCACAUGUGAACUGCACUCAAAGGGCCUUCAAAUUGAUAAGAAGGCAUUUGUUGGAGAUCUUGAAGACUAAAUUAUUAGUCAGCAUCUUUCACAUAGCCAGGCUUAUUUUACCAGAUUCUUUAAUCCACUACAUGCAUUUCGAACAGCUUGUAGUACUUUUAACAUCGGUUAUGAGUUGAGAGGAGACGAGGGCUUCACAACUUCUCAAGCAUAAAGCAAAUUCUGACACUGACAUGUUAGAUUGGUGGUGAUGAAGGAUGCGUAAUGCAAAUUGUGCAAGUAUAAUGAACCGUCUACAGCCAAGAUCUCACCUCAAAUUUUGAAACUGUUACAGAUGUACAUCUAAAAUGCCCAUCUGCGCAUUUGUAGUGUACAAAACGUGGUUGCUUCAUGACCAGUCUGACUGAAUACCUGUUGGCAUAAUAAAACCAAAAUGUCUUACUAUGUAAAGGCAGACACAACCAACAUUAUGUUAUGUAGCUUUUCCAUGUUUUGGAUACUCAAGCGAUGCUGUGAACAACAGGGAUUAGAGCCAAUAAUGCAGUGCAGGCACAAGGGGUCUGAUAUACCCUGAUGGCAUGCUCGGAGUUCGAUGGUUCCCACGAACUGCACUAAGUGACUGUAACCUGCGGCCCUUCAUCUAAUCGGCACGCUCUUACUGCUUCCCUCACCAUUCCUUACCAUACAAUAUCAUCGGAGUGCUUGUAAAAACAGUUUUGAUAUGUAGAGCUAAUUUGGUCAAGCAGUAGCAGGCAGGCGCUAAUGUUGCUGAGGCCAAUAAAUGGAGCCUUACAGUGUUGACACACUGAACAAUGGCUGCUGAUGUUCAAAGUGUUUGUUCUUGAAGACAUUUUGUACUCGCUGUUUUUUUUUGUUUUUCCUAUAUUUUCUAUGAUUUCGUCUGAAUGUUUGAUCUUCCAGACCAAACAUCAGCGUCAAGCAUCAUUGUAUUUCCAGGUGCACUGGUUACUGUUACUUUUGAUGGCUCCUUGUGGUUUUUUAGAUUGAAUGUUGGCUUCAGAAAUGUAUGAUUGGUAACUGAAGUCAGUUUGUAUUUUUUUCAUGCCAAAAACAAUAGAAAUUGCUCACUUUCUUUCUCAAAACUACACUGUGUAUUUAUAGAUACAUAUAUAUACAUAUACAUACUGUAUUUUACUGCUUCACACUAAAACUAUGAGUUUGUUUUUUCUACUUAACUCAGUAUCCAAGCCAUCCUUAACACAUGCACUUAAAUGCGUCUAUGAUCUUUGAUUGUGUGAAGCUCGUUGGUGCUAUCGCUGUCCUUUGGCUGGUACAGGACGGUGUGUGUCAAAACUGUUAUUUUGGGUUUACAGUUCCACAACAUUAGCAGAGUUAAUAGUUGUUGCUAGUGAUUUGUUUCCAUAACAGUUUCAUAGAGUGUAUUUAAUAACUGAAUCAUUGAUAUCCAGUAUGAAUUACUUAAAAGUGGCAA